AUGAACUUCAGCGACAGUUCGUCCGAUGCUUUGAGCAGCCUCUACGAGGCGAUUGAUCUUAGUGAUGGCGACAUGAUAUGUUGCUUCGCUCAAUCUCAAGGCAAUAAAUACUGUAUCACUACCUUGCCGAAUACACGAAGGAAGAAGAUCAGCACACUUUUACAGACCUUGGCUCUUUAUGAGCUUGGCAGCGAAGGCCCAGACGCAGCCCGGACGGUCGAAACGACUCUUGCUGAGUUAACCAAAAAUCUCAUCUGCCGUAGGCCCAUCAUAUUGCAUGCAGUCAAGUUCGAGAUUGCCGGGAAGCGCUACAAAGACAAUCUGGAGUAUGUUUACUUCUUGUUGACCUCGAAGUUUGAGGGCUGGCAGCUGGAGAGAAAGGCCGAAAAACUGCGAAACAAUCGACAGCAUACGCCAACUCGAACUUCCCGAAAACCCAUGGCCAAAUUCAAUGGUUAUGCGAGCAACUCAAAGAACGUAGGGUAUUCUGAUGAAAACUCAUGUGAAGACAGCUGUGAAGACAGCGAGGACACGGCCGAUGAAAACGAGUUCGAUACAAGGAAACGAGAGAAGAUCCAAAGGCCCAAAUUAGUCAGGGAGAGUCCUCAUGGCGAGCAGGAUAUCUUGGUGACGCCAGUGAGAAGCCGACGUACAAGAAAUCAACGCAUGGUUCUCACAAGUACAAGAGCAACAAGAGGGUCCUUCGAGCCACCAUCAUCUCCGUCAUCCAGCGACGAUGAAUUUAUUGUUUCACCUACAUCAGUAACUUCUCCGGAUCCCGACGAAUUGUUUACUCCGUUGUCGGCUGCCUCGACGCCCGACUCACUUGCCAGCAGUGUGGGGAUUGAAUCUCGACGGUUUUAUUCCAGAACUUCAUAUAGAAAGCGACAAGAUGCAAGCCCGACACGUGGAGCAGAACUCGCGAAUCUUGAUGUUCUCUCAAGAGAUAUGAGGCGAAAAUUGAAUCUGGGUAGGAUCAUCUCUGACAAAGAGGAAGACUCUGAUGAUGAGAGUAACUCUGGCGUCCAGAGUCAAAAUUCUGAAUCGGAUCAAGAGGCGACAACUAGCUCAACUCCUCGUCAACUUAUAAGGUUGGUGCCGAAAAGACAAGAAGUUCGCAAAAUCCUUGAGUGCAUGGCAAAGUCGCCUGGGAAAAAGGGUUUCGCGCCUGGCUAUAUAUACGGCUUCACCGAUCCAACAGCACAGGGCAACCAUAUCAAGAUCGGAUAUACAGAAUAUCCUGUUGCAAAAAGGAUGAGAAAAUGGAAAACAUGCGGCUACAAGCCCCUUGUCAAAUUCGAGGUAUUCAUGCCAUGUGCAGUCAAGAAAAUGGAAGAGUUGAUUCACCGCACUCUAUACAUAGAAGCAGAGUACGCGUCUUGCCCAGCCACAUCGUGCAGGAAGAUGCACAGGGAGUGGUUCAAUAUAUCGGAGAGCGAUGCACGGGAAGUUGUCAAAAUUUGGGAAAAGUUUAGUAACCUGAUGCCAUACAACGAGUCGCGUCAACUGAACGUUAUCUGGGAGAGUAUUGUGACGGCUCAGCUAGCCAAAACCUGGUCAUCGGACACGAAGGCGUGGUUAAAGGAAGAACUGCUUACAAUAGUGUCAAAGGAGACAAAGUUACGAGAUAGCUUGGAGGAAAAGAAACGAGAACGAAAGGAGAUCCAACGACAGCUGUCAAAGGUCGAAGAGGAUGAGAAGCGCCUUCAAAAACAACUGGAAGGGUUGGCGAUUGGCGACAGGUAA